CUCAGUCACACUGUCACUUAGGUCAGGCAGCAGCCCCCUCUGCCAAACCCUCUCCCCACAUACUGGCUCCAGUAUUGGGGAGUGCGAGUCCCUCACGCAGACCACACCACAGAGUCUGACCCCUCUUGCCUCUCACCUUUCUAAUUUCCCACCCUGAGGAGACAAGAACAACUUGAGACUACCCCCUGAGGGUCCUUCAGGACAGGGCAGCCAUGUCGCAGUUCUCCACCAUGACAACCAGGGAGAGGAAAAUGCAGGCAGCAGCAAUCUGCAGGGAGGUUCAAGGCCAAGAAGAUGCACAGAUGGAAUUUGGGAAGAAAAUGAGCGUGCCUAAAGACAUCAUGCUGGAGGAGCUGUCUCUUACCUCCAACCGGGGAUCACGACUCUUCAAAAUGCGCCAGAGACGCUCUGAAAAAUUCACUUUUGAGAGCAUCCAGAAUGAAAACAACAUACGGCUUAAUAACAGCGUUGCUCCCCAGGCCGAGAACGAGGAUGCUGCAGUCGGCAACAGCAGUGAGGGAAACAUGUCAAAAGUGACUUUUGACACACCAGAGACAAAGGUUGUGCCAGACCCAAGCUCUAUCGCCCCUGGAUACGGGGGUCCUUUGAAAGACAUCCCUCCGGAGAAGUUCAACAGUACCGCUGUGCCAAAGUUAUACCAGUCUCCCUGGGAGCAGGCCAUCAACAAAGACCCCAGCCUGGCAGCCACACUCAUCGCCCAACUGCCCGAAAUGGACUCCCCAGCAGACCUUCCGGGUUACAAAAGCUUCAACAGGACGGCUACCCCUUUUGGCGGUUUCAGCAGAGCACCCACUUCUGCUCCCAUCAUGGCAUUCCAUGAAGAAAACCUCCCCGAGCUGCCAGCACCCCAGGGAGAGAGUGCCGUACAUCGUCCCUCCUUCAAUAGGUCUGCUCUGGGGUGGGUGUCGUCGGGUGGUCUGGCUGCAUUCCCAACUGUUCCCCUCGAGCCUUUGCUCAUCCCUGAGUCAGACGACCUUUGAACCCAUGGAGAGAAGUCACACAAGGAUGUUGAUUACGCUUUUGCUUCACCAGAGGUUACUGUGGGCAGGAUGACAUUUCUUUUUGAGUGGAGUGGGGGGUGAGAGAAAGCAUUGUGCAAUUGGUGCAGUUUAGACUGUAUGCUCCAAAUCUUGGUUUUACAGUGACGUUAACUUUUGCACCGCAGGGAAAAAUAAUUAUAUCACAUAGAGUAAAAAGAAACAGUGCAGGGAUAAAGUAAAUAAUGUUUUAUAUUAAUAUGCACAAGAAUAUUUAAUCUUGCAAACAAAAAUGAUCUGCUCAAUAAAGUUGUGCUGAAUGGAACAAAAACAA